AAUAGUUACCGGAUAUUAGUUAAUUUCGAUUACGAUCCUGUGCUCAUGUUAUCCGUUUUGGUUAGAUGUUUGAAUGCACUUAAUUUUGCAUUAACCGAAAAUCAACCAUCAUCUUAGUGCUUUUUCAAACAUUUAUUAGACGUACACUAUUAUAUUAUAUUCUUAUACGUUUUGCUGUACAUCAUGUCUGACGUUAAACCUCGGAUGAACGGCGAUGGCGGGAUGUCCGUGGAAGAAAAGAAGGUUUACGACAGACAAAUACGAUUGUGGGGUCACGACGGACAAAACAAGCUAAGAACUAUGAAAGUUCUUUUAAUCGGUAUGCAAGGCCUUGGUGCUGAAAUUGCAAAGAAUUUGAUACUGGCCGGCAUCAAUUCUAUUACACUUAAGGAUCAUACAGAUGUUUCCAUUUUGGACCGCUGUUCACAGUUUCUUAUUCCACAUGAUAGCCAAGAACGUAACCGCGCUAAAGCAAGUAUCAUUGCUGCACAACUACUGAACCCAAAUGUCAAAGUCUCUGCUGACACAACGCCCAUUGAAGACAAUGAUGAAAGUUUCAUUACCUCGUUUGAUGUAGUUAUAGCUACUGAAUGCUCUCCAUUGAUUUAUAGAAAAUUGAGUGACGAAUGUAGAAAAUCAAAAGUAAAAUUGUUCAUAGCCGAUGUAUAUGGUUUGUUUGGAUAUUUUUAUCAAGACUUAAAUUUUAAACUUAAUCUAUAUGAUACAGUUUUUCCGUUUGAUGAUCAAAAUAAUAUUGUUCCUAUUAUAAAAAAUAAACCACCAACAUAUGUAUUGGCUUCAGCUUUAUUAAAGUUUCAACUUGAUUUCCACCGUAAACCUAAUCCUGAUACAUCAGAAAAAGAUAUAGAGGAAUUGAAAGCGAUUAUUGAUUCAAUUUCUCCAGAUGAAGAAUGUAUUAAACCUGAUUAUUUUAACGAAUAUUAUUGUGAACUAUUUUGCGAGCUGAGUCCUUCCACUUCAAUUGUAGGCGCAGUGGUAGCCCAGAAUGCUAUCAAUUCCAUAAUGGGUAAUCUGGUUGAGGGUUAUAAUAUGUUUUUCUACGAUCACUAUGAACAUGAAGGAAAGUUUCAUGCGAUUUAAAUUUCUUAUUACUUAUAUUAUUUCUAAAAAAUGACUGCAUAUUUAUAAUUAAACAAUAUGAACAUAUUA